CAAAUAACUCUAUCAAGAAACCACAACUUUCGUCAAGAAUACUCUUUUCCUUUCUCCAAGUGAAUACUCUUUUCCUUUCUCCAAUGGCAGAAGGAGUCCUCUUCAACAUUGCACAAGCGAUCAUUGAAAGGUUAGGCUCCCGUGCUUUUGAAGAGAUUGGAUUGGUUUGGGGUGUCAACGAUGAGCUCCAAAAGCUUAAGCUUGUAGUUUCCCAACUCCGAGCUGUUCUUCUUGAUGCUGAGCAAAAGCAAGCCAACAAUGAAGCAGUCAAAGAGUGGCUCCAAAGCGUAGAAGAUGCAGUUUAUGAAGCUGAUGACGUGCUCGAUGAGUUUUAUACUGAAGCUCAGUGGAGACAAAUGGUGCCUGGAAAUAAUAAAGUGUCAAAGCAGGUACGCAUCUUCUUCUCUAGCUCAAACCAGCUUGUUUUUGGGCUGAAGAUGGGUCAUAAGAUUAAAAAUAUCAACCAGAGGCUGCAUGUGAUUGUCUCCAACAGAAUGUUUGUUCAAUUAGAAGUGAACCAUGAAGAUGCACAAUUUGUUAUAAAAGAGAGGGUCGCCCACUCAUUUGUCCGCGAGGAUAAUAUAAUAGGGAGAGAUGAAGAUCAAAGAGCAAUUAUUCAACUUUUGUUGGAUUUGGAUCCCAUCUCUACAGAGAAUACAGAGAAUGUGUCCACCAUUUCCAUUGUGGGAUUUGGAGGAAUGGGAAAAACUGCACUUGCCCAACUCGUCUUCAAAGAUGAGGAGGUUCAAAAGCAUUUUGAGCCUAAAAUGUGGACGUGUGUCUCCAAUUCAUUUCAGUUGGAUGUUCUUGUUAAGAAUAUCCUAAAAGCGGAUAACCUUGACAUGGAUCAGUUGCAAAAUGAGCUUAGGAAGAAGAUCGAUGGGAAGAGAUACCUCCUUGUGUUAGACGAUGUGUGGAAUGAUAAUCGUGAAAAAUGGCUUGCCUUAAAAGACUUGUUGAUGGGUGGUGCAAGAGGUAGUAAAAUACUAAUAACCACUCGUAGUGAAAAAGUUGCAAAAAUAACAGACACAUCUAAACCAUAUAACUUAAGGGGUUUAAGUGAAGAGCAGUCUUGGUAUUUGUUUAAGAAAAUGGCAUUCCAAGAUGGAAAAGAGCCAACGAGUUCAACCAUUAAGGCCCUUGGGGAGGAGAUUGCUAGAAAAUGUAAGGGGGUUCCGCUUGCUAUAAGGACCAUAGGAAGGAUGUUGUACUCCGAACAUCAAGAAACUAAAUGGUUGAAAUUCAAGAAUAACAAGCUUUCAACACUAAGGCAAGAAGAAAAUGAUAUUUUACCAACACUUCAGCUGAGUUAUGAUGUUCUCCCAUCACAUUUGAAACAUUGUUUUGCUUAUUGUAGUUUGUUCCCGCCUGAUGAUGAGAUUCCCGUAGAGAAUUUAAUUAAGCUGUGGGUGGCACAAGGGUUCGUUAAGUCUUCAAAUCCUAAUGAGUGCUUGGAAGAUGUUGGUUAUGAAUAUUAUAACGAACUAGUUUGGAGAUCUUUUUUCCAAGAAGAAGAAAAAGAUGAGUUUGGUAUAAUAAAAAGCUGUAAAAUGCAUGAUCUCAUGAAUGAACUUGCUGUUAAAGUGGCAGGGGAGGGAAGCACAAUAAUAGAUCGCAAUAAGACUGAUUUUGAUGCAAAAUGUCUUCUUCAUGUAUCUUUCGAUUUUAAGGUUGAUUUGUCGAAAUGGAAGAUACCAACAUCCUUGCUGGAAUCAAAUAAGCAAUGGAAAAUACCAACAUCCUUGCUGGAAUCAAAUAAGCUAAGGACUUUUCUUUUCCUGAGCCAAGACUGGGAUUCAGGGAAGUCAUUCCAUAAGUCAUUUUGUGCUACAAUUGCUUCAAAUUUUAAGUCAUUGCGUAUGUUGAGUUUGAAUAAAUUGGGAAUUACAAAAUUGCCAAAAUGUCUUAGGAAAAUGAAACAUUUAAGAUAUCUUGAUCUUAGUGUUAAUCCCAUUGAGAGACUUCCAAAUUGGAUAGUCAAACUUCAAAAUUUGGAAACACUAGAUCUAUCAAGAUGUGAGUCUCUUGUGGAAUUGCCUAGAGAUAUCAAGAAAUUGAUCAACUUGAGGCAUCUCAUUCUGAAAGGCUGUAAUAAAUUGGCUCAAAUUCCUCCUGGAUUGGGUGAUUUGACUUGUCUUCGUACUUUGAGUAGAUUUGUUUUGAGCAAAAAUAAUUCCAUGUUGAGGGAUAGUGCAGGUCUCAGUGAGUUGGGGAAGCUGAAGAAUUUAAGAGGAGAGUUGGAGAUCAGAAAUUUGAGUUGCGAGCAAGAUAUGGUGUUAGAAUUGAAUUAUGAUGGUGCAGUUUUGAAGGAGAAGCGACAUCUCUAUUUGUUGACUUUACAUUGGAUGAGCAUCGAAAGAGAAAAUAGUGAUGCGGUUGAGGAGGAGAGUGAUGUAAUUAUUAAGUCAAUGGAAGCGCUGCAGCCCCAUUCAAGUCUAAAACAGUUAGUCGUGGACGGGUACCCGGGUGGGAGGUUUGCGAGUUGGUUUCAUUCUCUCACAAAUAUUGUUAAUCUCAGAUUGUCUCACUGUGAUAGAUGCCAACAUCUUCCACCGUUGGAUCAUUUACCUUUUCUUAAGAGUCUUGAGGUUUCCGGGUUAAGGAAUUUGGAGCACAUAUCAGAAGACAUGGUUAAAGACUUUGCCAGUGAUGAGAUGAUGUCAGCUGCUUCUCCAUCGACGACCUUCUUUCCCUCCUUAGAGAGUCUUCGUCUAAGUCAUUGCCCUAAUCUCAAGGGAUGGUGGAGGAAUGAAACAGCUUCAGCUUCAGCUUCUUCAUUUCCUUGUCUUUCUGCUUUAUCUAUAUGGAAUUGUCCUAACCUAACUUCCAUGCCGUUGUACCCAAAUCUUGGUAUACUGGGCUUAGUGGAAAGCAGCUGGAAGGUCCUUCCCUCCUCCUUUGUUCUUUCCAAAUUAAAAUCUCUGAUUAUUUUUAGCGUUGAGGAUAUAGAAUAUGUGCCAGAAGAAUGGAUUGGAAACCUCACAUUACUUCAGGAGCUUAAAAUUCUAUCUUGCCCUAAUUUGGUAUCACUACCAAAUCAAGGGAUGGGUCGCCUCAUCUCCUUACAGAGACUAGAGAUUUCAAAUUGUCCUAAAUUGGCAUCACUACCAGAAUGGUUUCGAUGCCUCAUCUCCUUAAGGGAACUGCAAAUUCGGAAUUGGCCAAAAUUGGCCUCACUACCAGAAGGGAUGGGCAACCUCAAAACACUUAAGUUUCUUUUGAUAGAGGAUUGCCCUAAUUUGGCAUCACUCCCAGAAGGGCUUCGUUGCCUCGCCUCAUUAAAUUUUUUGUUAAUUAAGGAUUGCCCCAUCUUAAAGCAAAGAUGCCAGAAAGAAACAGGUGAGGACUGGUCCAAGAUUGCUCACAUCCCAGAGUUAUUCAUAUUCUGAUGAUCAUGGAGAUUGGGUAUUGUGAUUGUGCAACAGCAGCUCACCAACAAAGUGUGAUCAAAAGAAGAAUCUGAUUAGGCAUCCUGGCUUUGGUCAUACAAGUGACACUCAGUUAUACAUAUGAUGAAUUUAGGUAAUUGUAACUCCCAAAUUUCCUUAUGGGUUUUGAAAUUGGUGUCGUGUUGUGAAAGCAGUUUGUAUUUUGCCAUGAUGGCUGAUAUUUAUGAAUUAAAUUCAGAUUGAUCUGCCAAGAAUGAGGUUAAUUCCC